AACAGGGUACCGAUACCUAGCAUCCAAUCACUCCCAUGGAAGCAGCAAGGUCCAACGAACCAACGAUAACGCUAUUCAGACAACAGAAGGACUCACCCAAGAAUCAAAUGUUAUUGAGAAGAAGAAGAUAGCUGAAGAAGAAGAAGAAGAGAGCCGAGAGGGGAUGGCAUCACUUGGCAAGCAUACUAUGACAUAGAAGCACAGCACAGUUCUCAAAGAAUUCUGGAUGGGACCACAGCAUGUCUCCAGCUUCUCUGCGACGUCGGCUGAUUUGCAAGGCGCAUCACCGGCAGAAACGUCUCUCAUUCUUGGAAGACGACGACAAUGAUGUCAAAGAUCGUCGCACACAGCACUAUUCCAAGGUUCGCAUCCGCACGCUACCUCUUUCCGACGAGGAGGAUUCCUACGUGGUAUCCGUCAAGCGACGUCUUCCCGUGACAUUGGGACGCGUCAAUCUUUCUACAUGGUGGUGGAGGGCGUGUCCUCAUUGUUCGCAAGAAUACGGUAGUGAGGACCGAAGAAAUAAAUAUUGGGCACCCUCGUCGCCGUGUCGCAAUCGGUGUCGACCACUAGCAAAACAUGUGCGGGAUAUUUCCAAGGAGAUGAUUUAUGUCAAUGAAACGGGGGAUUUGGAUAUUUUGGGGUUGAAACCAGAGAUUGUGCACAUUUCCGCGAAAAAGGGAGAUGGUCGCAAAACGGUAUCCAUUGGAGACAAUGCGAGGGAUCCGUGGGUCAAGUUUCAGUUGGAGUUUAUUGCAGACCAAUCUACAGGACCAGGGGACUCACGGGCUGCCACCAACAAGAGUACGACGAAUGGACGCAACAAGAGAAGAAGAGAACCCGAGGAAGAAGACUCGUCUGCUUCUUCGCCGCCAUCCCAGCCGACCAAGAAGAGGAAACAGUCUAGUAGCAGGCCAACACAACAACAAUCGACACGACAACGAAAGAAGAAUCGAAUGUUUGAAUCGCAGUCCAGCCAGGAGGACACACCUCCGGCCCAGUGGCAGACACGACGAAAGGACCCAUCUCCAUGUCGAAAGUCCAAACAACAACAUCGUUGUGAAAGGCACGAAAAGCAAACCAAAAAACGGUUGCUGUCACUUUCACAAUCCAGUCGCGAGGAAUCCUCCGAGCCUACGCCUGCGGAUUCCGCCAUUGUCGACUACUUGGAGACGCGAGAUUAUAAGGAGCUGUCGGCGGAAGGAGAGGAGACCACUAAAAGGCAACAACGAAGGCGCGAGCCCAAGAAACGUCCCAUGCAAUCACCGCGGUCGUCUUGUCAUCAAUGGGAAUCAUCCAAUCAUCGGACUGCACAGCGGUCAACAACCACCGCAAAACCAAAAUCGGACCACCAUUUGCGACCGCGAGCCUUGCCAUUCUCACAGCCGCGAUCCUUGCAAUCUUCACAUCAUGCACAUUCGCGAUCAUUCCAAUGUUCGCGAGAAGACUUCAAGGAAUCGUCAAGUCGACAGACUGCGACGAAACCGCGGGAAGCUGACACACAAGUAGGAAUCAAAGUGGCUAGCAGCAACAGUCUUUGUCCACGCACGCAAACCAAUGAUCCAUUAUCACAGCAGCUUUCAAGCAAAUCACAACGCUUUUCGAGCAAAUCACAACGAUCGGUGUUGCCAGAGAGACAAGACGGAAGCAGAUUGGCCAGCAGCAGUCUUUGUCCACGCACGCAAACCAAUGAUCCAAUAUCUCAACUGCUUUCGACCAAACCCCAUCGAUCGGUGGUGAGCCAGCGCCCGUCAAAAGAACAGACUGCGCCAGUAGAAAAUCCAGGCACACAGCAGCAAGAACUGUAUUGCCAGCAAUCGUCCGGUGAGAAUGACUUUUUCACGCCAAGGGAUACCGCUCCCCCACCAUCUGAUACCCAACAGGAAGAGCCAAAGAGAUCGAAGGGCGAAGAUGAACAGUCAUCCGCCAGCACGUUGAACCAGGAGGGAGGCCCAGUGUUGCCCAAGACCUCGUUGUUUCUCCUUGGCCAAUCUUCAGCAGAAUCGUCGGGGAUUAACAGUCAAAGCAACGGGUGCCAAAGCCAACCCCGUCAAUCCCCUGGCAAUCCACGAGGACAACAUGAGGAUGUUGAUGAUCAGCAAGAUGUGCUCCCCUCGUUUGUACUCCCAGGCGCUGGCUCGUCCGAAUCCAAUUCCAAUGUCAUGAGGGAGUGCGCAAGCCAACCAGCUGCUGAUACCGAACAAGAUAACGGGAUCGUUGCACUGACAAGGCAGCCCUCGUGCGAUGGUAGUGACUCCAGUUCUGUUCUGUCACUUCCCACUGGGGACAAGGUGCUUUCCACGCAAACGUCUGUUGUAGUAAUGCACAAUGGAAUGUUGUCGCAACAGCACAGCCAGAGAGCAAAGGUUCAUGUCGGGAACACGCAACAAGCAGCGACUUGCAAGGCCACACGUGCCUUGAUGAAGAUUAUAACUGAAAAGAACAAGGAGGAUGACGAAUCCUUCUGGCGGUAUGCUCCUUUGGAUGGUUGCAGCCGCCGGCGCUUGUAG